AAAAGUGAUAAGAAAGCAUGAAAUGAAGUGAACGUGAGAUCUAAUUUUAAACGGUUCUAAGUUUAAAAUUGUGUGGUCUUUUAGUUUCGUUUGGACAAUCGUCUAGUGAAUUCAUAUUAUUACACAUAUUCUGUGAUACCGCCGUUACUAUGAGCUACCUCCCACUAAUUUCGUAGUCCAGUGAAAAUGUUCAAUUUCUUCCGCAGAUCGAAGAAAGAUGAGAAGAAAACGAAAGAGGUGUCGCCCAAACGCGAUCGAAAGGACGACAUGUGUAAAAAUAUUAGCGUCGCGACACAAAAGCCGGAGAUUGCGCCCAACGUCGGCGGCACCGCACUGCCAAAUGUCUCGUCGGAAUUCGGGUUACGGAAAAAUGUUGCGAAUGCAGCCAGCGAAGUGACCACACUCACCGAAAAAAACGAUACGAAACCAGCGAAUAACAAAAAUUGCGAAACGAAAACCAUGUGCGACGACGGCGCCUCAGUCCAACACGCGCCGCCAACGAUCUCUUAUGCGAGCAUGUUAAAAAAAACCGAAGUGCGCGACAAUAAUGUGAGAAGUUCUUGUGUUAAGCCCUGCGGCCACGGCACCACCGCCAUCUCGCCCCGCAUACCGGUGAUCGCGGGCAAAAGGGAGAGCAGUGCCACGCCGCCGAGCAGUCCGGUGCUGGAGAUCAAGAGGCACUUCAGGAACGAAACACCCUCGUCGGCUCCGAGCUCGCGCAAGAACUCGAGGGACACCACCUUGGAGAAUGGUAGCGCCGCGUCGCCACCCCUCAAGUUCUGCACGCCACCUUCUUCUCCUGAAACGAUUAGCGAACAUAAUCCUCUGGAGAAUGGAAUUAAAGAAGCCGAACAGAAAAAUCUAAUCAAUCAAGAAGCUAAAUACCAAAGUCAACUCAAUGACCUGUCGAAACAACUGGCGGUCCGCGAUGCAGAAGCUAACAAGCUACGAUUUCAAAUGGAAGAAUUGCAGCGAGAUGUUUUUGCUAAAUCUGCUGGAAUAGACCGUUUGGAAGCUGAACUACACGCUGCUCAUAAAGAGACUGAACUAAUUCGCCAAAGAAUACGAAUUUUAGAAAAUGAUAUCGAAAAUUACAGGAAAAGAAACAGGGAUCUUGAAGAAGAUGUAGCUGAAAAAAAAGAAGAAAUAUCCGAAUAUGAAGCUCAAACAAAAGCAAAAAUCGAAGAAUUAGAAGGGGUAAUAAAAACGUUGCGGGAAAAAAUUCAAUCAUUAGAAGAAGAAUUGAGGAAAAUGUCGGAAGAAAAACAGAAACUAGACGAGAGACAAGCGGAACUUUUAGAAGAAAGAGAAAACGAAAAGAAGAAAUUGGCUGAAACAUUGGAACAAGCUACACUACAAAAAAUAGAAGUUGAAAAUAAGUGGAAAGACGAAUUCGAAAAGUUACGAACUGUCAAUAUAUUAAAAGAACAACAACUAUUAGAUGACUUUGAAUGGAAACUAAGAGAAGUUCAACAAACCUGCAAAAAACGCUUGAGCGAAAAGGACAAAUUAAUAGAAGAGCGACUGCAGGAAGCCUACAAAGAUGCUGAACAAAAAAUGAAACAAGCAGAGGAUAUGAUGGCUCAGAUUCAAGACAUGAAGAGUUACGAAACGGAAAUCGAAACUCUAAGGGGCUUAACUCUGAACCAGGAGAAAACACUGAAAGAAAUGAAAGAUCAGCAUGAACAAAUGAAAAUGACUGAAGACAGCCUUCGUAAUGAAACUAAAAAACUUCGAAAUCUGAUCGAACUUGAGAAAGAAAAUCUGCAACACAUGCAACGAGUCCAUCAACAAGAAAUUGCUGAUAAAGAAAGGCACUUACAGCAAACACUGAAUAAUAAAAGAAUUGAAAUUGCAAUGUACUGGGAAGAGAGAUUGUUGACGGAGUGUGGAAGACUGAAAUAUGAAUUGGAACUGAUUCACAACGAAGAAAAGCACACAGCCAUGGAGACAGUUAGAAAGGAGAAAGAUGAAGAGUUCGCCAAGGAAAGAAAAUUAUGGGAACAGAAGGUCAGAGAAUGUUUUAAAGAGAUAAAUGGUCUAAAAAAAGCGCUUACAGAAAAAGAAGAAUAUUAUCAAGAGGAAAUAGUAAGUUCGCAAACAAAAACAGACAGAGAUAUUUUGGAAUUAAGAAGAUUGAUGGAUAAAAUAGAUAUGACCCAUCAUGAAAAAUACGAAAAACUAGUAAACGAACACGAAGAAGAAUUAGCUCGAAUAAAUAGUGAACACGUUCAAAAGGUUCAGGAAGUUGAAGCGUACUGGCAAAAUCAACUUUCUAUACUUAGAGCUAGCAUAGAUUCAAUAAAAGAACAGAUGGAAAAGGAAUCUCAACUAAAAAUUGAAAAUCUAAUUCAGCAACAUAGAACUGAGUUAGAUUCUCAGUGGGAAAACUUAAUCCACCAAAAGAACGAAGCGAUACAUUUGGUGGAGGAUGAAUAUGUUGUAAAAUACAAAACAUUAGAAGAACAAUUUUAUACGCAACAAAAAUCACAUUCAGCUAGGGAGGUAGAACUGUUAAAAACAAUCGACAGUCUAAAGAACGAAUUGCAGAGUAAAAAUUGCACAAUCGAUGACUUACAGAACAACGUGGACGCAUUGGAAGGAGGAAUUCAAGUUUUAAAUAAUGAAAUCGUCCAACAAGGAGACAACCUGUUUAAAAGUGGAAAGGAGGCUGAAUCAAAGAUAAGAAGUCUACAAGAUACGGUAGCGAAAUUGGUGGAACAACAGGAGAAAGAACGAGAAUCUUAUAGAUUGAAAUUUAUGGAAAAUCACAAACAAUCGCAGGAAACUAUUGAUCACCUACAGAGAAAAUGCCAAUGCUUGACUAAACUGUUUGAAGAAGUUAGACAACGAUACGAAAGGCGAGAGUCUCGAGUAGAAGAUCUAAACAAAAUAUCUGAUUUAAAACAAGUUAUAGCCGAACAAGAAAAAGAUCUGGCUUGUAUUAACGAGGAGAAGAGAUACUUUCAAAUGAGACUGAUGGCAUUAGAAAAGCAACUGGAAGAAAACGCACCGUUUGAAGAAGACGAAUACGAAGAUCCAGAAACAAUAAAACACAUCGAAAGUCAAUAUAAAGUGGAGGAACCUUCUCCAGAAUCGCCUCCAAAUAUUUUAGUUCCACCUCAAAUACCACCAAAUGGAUUUACAACACCGCAGUUGAUGUUUUCAAACCCUAUGAGCAUACCAAAUUCUGUGUCGAUCCCUCCCACCAUUAUUGAAUGUGAAGAUUGUGAUGAAUGAUUUUUUUUUAAUUUUUAUUCAUACCUUUGUAUUAUAUGGGUGAAAAUUUCUUUAUUGUAAAUAAAUUUUACUGCCCAAAAUAUAAAUGAA